CUUUGGCUGAUUUAGUCAACCUGCAAAAGUGGCAGAGAAGUAUCCUGACUCCUAACCAAGCCCCAAAGUUUUAUGUGAAUACCGUCAGCUACCAUCUCCAGCUUGCUCCUGUUUGUGUAAAGGGUCUUUUCAUAUGCAAAAGAAGGGGGAGGGCGGGAAGUGUCUUAUUUGCCACUUGCAGUGGGCUUUCCAGCUACCUUUUCAACAGAGCCAAACUGACAGCUUCUAAACCUAGAAAGCCACAUCAUGAGCAGGGGACUUUAUCUCCUCCUUCUUUUAAGUCUAUUCUUAGAAGUCAACAGUUCUUCUACCAAAGGAGGCAAAGGUCCAAAAUCGGACAAAUAUGUGAACUGGAAAACAAAAAACCAAACAUCUCCAAAAGAUCUAUCAAACCCUUUUUAUUUAAACCACACUAAUGAAGAGCUACCGGUUACAUUGUCUGUUUAUAACCUAACAGAUAUGAAUAGCAAUUUUGGAUUUAACCUGUACAGAAAAAUGGCUGAUAAACAUGAUAAUAAUAUAUUUUUCUCCCCAUUCAGUAUGUCUUUUGGACUUGCUUCCCUAUUGCUUGGUGCCCAAGGAAGUACACACAAAGAGUUACUGCAUGGACUAAAUUUAAAUGCAUUUGACAUCCCUGAAAAUCCAAGUUUAUUGCAUGAAUUGAUAAAAAAACUUAGAAAGGGAAUCACUGCAAAUGACAAACUUAUUUUAGACCUUGGAAGCUUUUCCUUCAUCCAUGAAACCUUCCCCAUCAAAGAGGAAUUUCUUAAUAUAUCUAAGCAGUAUUUAGAUAUGGAAUAUCAAAAUAUUGAUUUCCACAACUCCAGUUCCAAGCACAUCAUUAAUAAUGUUGUUAAGAAAAAAUCACAGGGUAAAAUUCCUGAUCUUUACGAUGAGAUUGACCCACAGACUAAGCUCUUACUUCUUGACUAUAUCCUUUUUAAAGGUAAAUGGGAAUACCCAUUUAAUCCAGCCUUAACAGAGAUGGAAACCUUCUUUAUAGAUAAAUACAACUCUGUGCAAGUGCCAAUGAUGUACAAGAAAGAUAAAGUCUCUUCAAUGUUUGAUAAGGAGUUAUCCUGUACAGUUCUGAAACUUGAUUAUAAAGGGAAUGCACACAUGCUGAUUGUUAUGCCAGAGAAGGAAGGAGACUUUGUGACACUUGAAGAUCAUUUAACCAAAGAACUAGUAGAUUCUUGGCUACACAAAAUGAAGUCAAGGAAAAUGGAUAUUUUCUUUCCAAAAUUUAAAUUAGAUCAGAAAUAUGAAAUGAAAAAAUUUCUGCAAGAGUUGGGAAUAAAAAAUAUAUUUACUGGAAAAGCAAACCUGACAGGAAUGACAGAGGAAAGAAAUAUAAAGUUAACCGAGGUAACACAAAGAGCUGUUAUAGAUAUAGAUGAAAAAGGGACUGAAGCGGCAGCUGCAACUGGAUCAGAAAUUACUGCAUUCUCUUUGCCUCCUACAAUCAAAGUGAAUAAUCCGUUUCUUUUUAUGAUAUAUGAAGAAACGUACAAAUCAUUACUCUUUAUUGGCCGAGUGAUUGAUCCAACAAAGCCUUAAAAAGCCAGAGAUCUGUCACCAAAAUGAGAAUUUGUUCCUUAGUGAAUGUCCCCAAUUAAACCACGUAUCUCUGUCCUAUCAGUUAGAUAUAGAGGAAAUCUAUUAGAUUACAUUACAAUUGUAAAAUACAGGUUAGAAAAAAAUCCAUUAAAGUAUAUAAAGAUUUUUGUUCUUAUUAUCAGUUACAAUCUGAUCAAGCUACCUCUUUAUGCAUGAAAGGAACGUUGUACUCAAAAUUAAACGUUCAUGGUUUAAAUACAGCAUGCAAUUUUAAAACGUUCCAAUUUACUUGUAUCAAAUUUGUUUAGUUCUCUUUGAGAAGCGUAAACCUAGGUAGGCUCUGUAUUUUAUAUUACGUUUUUAUGUAAUUUAGCUCUGAUUGAGCAGUUUCUCAUUCCCAGAACUGUACCCCACUAACUUCUCAAGGCUAAACCUGUUAUAUACCUGUCCUUAAUUGGCUUUAACUAAUAACAUCUGCAUCUGCUCAUAUGUUAUUCUAUAGCAACACAACAGAAACGUCUGGUAAUUACAAGGUGUUUACUGUCCCUUUAAGUUAGUUCUCCUAAAUUGCAAAGCACAUAAACGUUAUCUUUAAAAUAGGGGCAGUUGCCCUCCACAGACCAGUACAUCACUAAAGGGACAUGAAGGAAGAAUAAUAAAAUACUGUAAUGAGCUAGAACAUUUUAUUGAAUUUAACGCAGCAAAGGGGUUAAAUGAAUAGUUAAAUUCAGCCAGAUCAGAAAUGCACUGCUGAUCCUGAGCUGAACACUGCUGGUGAUUGGUGGGUAUGACCAUAACCUGUCUCUGAUUGGUUCAGCACCAGUGUUCAGCUCCAGUGUUCAGCUAUGGACCACUAGUGCAUUGCCAAUCUAGAGUUGACUUUAACUAUAUGAUUAAAGGAACAUAAAACCUCACAUUUUUCUUUCAAGAUUCUUGGCAUUUUUUAUUAAAGGAGCAGCAAUGCACUACUAGCUUAACACACUCGGGCCUAGAUUUAGAGUUCGGCGGUAGCCGUCAAAACCAGCGUUAGAGGCUCCUAACGCUGGUUUUGGCCGCCCGCUGGUAUUUGGAGUCAGUGAUUAAAGGGUCUAACGCUCACUUUACAGCCGCGACUUUUCCAUACCGCAGAUCCCCCUACGCCAUUUGCGUAGCCUAUCUUUUCAAUGGGAUCUUUCUAACGCUGGUAUUUAGAGUCGUUUCUGCAGUGAGCGUUAGAGCUCUAACGACAAGAUUCCAGCCGCCUGAAAAUAGCAGGAGU